AUGCAAAAAAAAGAAAAGAAGAGAUCGAAAGAAAAGACAAAACAACAAAAAGCAAAGGCAAAGAAGGCUAAGAGCCAAGCCAAGAAAAAUAAACAAUAUAAAAACAGGGGCCAUGAUUUCCGAAAAAUGCUUAAGGGCAUGGUACGUGAUGACACUGAAUCAGAAGAAGAGGGAAGUGGUGAAGAUGUAGAUAUCCCAGGAGAGUCAGACAACGAAAACCAAGUAGUUAUUAAUGAACCCAAUGAUAAAAAAGAAACCGCUGAUCACCAAGGCCAAGAAAACACCGAUCACCAAGGCCAAGAAAACACCGAUCACCAAGGCCAAGAAAACACUACCUCUACCCUUGAUCAUUUAGAUGAUCACAACAUUGGAAAAUUCUUUGCUGUAUUCUGGACAAAGCCUAGAACCUACUACUGGGCAAGCUUUUGA